CAUUCAAAUAUUUUAUGUAUUAGGUCAAAAUAUUUUCGUACAGCAUUUUCUAAUGAAUGGGCUGAAAAAAAAGAUGGAAAAUUUAUUUUAAAAAAACCAAAUAUUUCGUCUCAUUUAUUUGACAUCAUUCUUAGGUUUAUUUAUUGUGGAAAUAUUGAAUUAAAAAAUUUACAAGGACUAGACGUAUUGAAAUUAUUAAUAGAUGUAGACGAACUUAAUGUUCAACAAUUAAUUUCUCAUAUUCAAGAAUAUUUAAUUGAACAUCAAACUGAAUUUUUACAUCAAAAUCCAACUGGUAUUCUUGAAACCGUCUAUCAACAUGAGACAUUUACGGAUUUAUGGGAUUUUUGCCUUGAGAAGAUUUGUGAAGAACCUAAAAUUUUAUUUAAUUCAAACAAAUUUGUUAACUUAAAAGCUCCUUUAUUGGAAUUAUUGAUAAAAAGAGAUGAUUUAAACAUGAAUGAAAUUGAAGUUUGGGAAGGUUUGUUGAAAUGGUGUUUUGCUCAACAAAAUUUAGAUAAUGAUCCAACAAAAUGGACCAAAGAUGAUAUUACAAAGAUUGAGAGAUCAUUACAUAGAUUUAUUCCAUCAAUUAGAUUUUAUUAUAUUAAACCCACAGAUUUCUUUUAUAAAGUUUAUAAUUAUAAGGAUAUUUUACCACGAGAUUUGAUUCAUGAUCUUUUGGAAUUUCACAUUGUUCCUGGCGUAAUGCCUAAAGCUAAUACAGCACCAUCAAGAAAAUCAAAUUUAAAAAUUAAACUUGAUUCAACCAUAAUUCAAUCAAACCACAUUCCCCUUUUUGCUUCAUGGAUUGAUAGAAAAGAUUCUUCACAUUAUAAUAACAAAAAUAUUCCAUAUGAUUUCAAAUUAUUAUAUCAUUCAGGUCGAGAUGGAUUUGAUGCUGCAUCAUUUAAUAGAAAUUGUGAUAAUAAAGGAGCUACCAUUUUUGUAGCAAAAAUUCAAGGUUCAACACAAUUAAUUGGAGGAUAUAAUCCACUUGAUUGGAAUGGGAAUGUUUGGAAAACUACUAGUGAUAGUUUUCUAUUUAAUUUUACAGAUGGAGAAAAUAUUUCUACUGCAAAAUUAGGUUAUGUUAAAACUCCGGAAUACGCUGUUUAUUGUUCUAAUGUCCGUGGUCCACAAAUGGGUGGUGGUCUUAUCUGUUAUGGUAAUAACAAUUGGAAAAACUUCGGAAAUUACUAUCCUAAUAUAGGUAUUCCAAAUACUUCAAAUACCCUUAGUUUUACAGUAGAGAAUUAUGAAGUAUUUCAAGUAAUUAAAAGAUAGAAAAUUUAUGUAUUUACUUUGGGACGUUGAGAUUCAAAAAUUAAUAUAAAUAAAAUAAAUUAUUUAUUUGUAAGUACAG